AAUGUCGGAUCCGAAAAAUAGCCAACGUCUUUAUAGCCACCAUCUUUUUUCGGCACCCUCCACGUUGGUUAAGUGAAGAUGCCUUUCACCAAAUUUGUCGAGACGGGCCGCGUGGUCUACAUUGCAAAGGGCCCAGAUGCCGGCAAGAUUGCUGCCAUCAUCGAUAUCAUCGACCAGAACAGGGCUUUGUUAGAUGGACCUUGCAGCGGUGUGCCCCGUCAAGCUCGCCGAUUCACCGAACUCCAUCUUACCAGCCUGGUGACUAAGGUGACAAGAGGCUGUUCAGAGCGAUCAUUGAGGCUUGCUUGGGAAGCUGACAAAAUCACAGAGAAGUGGCUUGCAACCUCAUGGGCUAAACGUAUUGAAAAGCGUACAAGGAGAUUCAGCCUUAACGAUCUUGAGCGAUUCAAGUUGGCAAAGGCCAAGCAAGCUCGCAACAAGAUGAUUCGCACUGCAUUCUUCGCCAUCCGCAACAAGGAUACCAGGACUGCUAAGAAAGCCCGCGGACGUAUCGAGAAACUCCGUGCUAAAUCAAAGGCUUACGGCAAAGCCCAAAAGGCUGAGAAGAAAUCGAAAGCGACGAAAGCUUAAGAUGUUUCCGUUGGUGUUGAAAUUAAUACACUUGGAAAUGUUAAA